AGUAAAAAUCGCAGAAACAAAAAUAAGGAGCAGGAAUACUAAAAAGGCUUAAAGGCAACCAUUAUUUUUUUAAGUGAUAACCGAAAAUGCAAAACAAAGCAGGCUGCAUGAAAGCCGCACAACAACAGCAACAGCAAAAUAUCCCCGCUAAAAAAAGGAAAAGCCCAAUUAAAAUAAAUUAAAUCUUUUUUUUUUAGUUCAUUUGUGUCUCUGUGUGUGUGUGUCAGUGUAUGUGUGUGUGUGUGUGUGUGUGCAUUUGUGUUGGCCAACUUCCUGUGCAACCGGUCUGCGAAAAUAAAAGAAGAAGGCGACUAAGCAUCCCAUUCAUCCAGCAUCCGACACAAGUUGCACCUGCAGCAACAACAAAAUAUAAAAAAUAACCAACUACAACAACAACAACAACAAGAAGAAGAACAAAAUUCUAGAAGUAGGACCCCAGCCAGUAAACCCGUUUUCUUUUUUCGAGGGGCGGCAAAGAGCGCCUAGUCGUUGUCGUUUGUUGCCUCCAAGGCCAAACACAAAAUCCACUUGGCCAUAACAACAAAACACAACAUCAGGUCCAGGACAGACCCACAAAAGUCGACAGCAACAACAACAACAACAACAACACAUUAAGAAAGCAUAAAAAAAAUUACAACAAAAAUAAUACCAGCAAAGAGAAGAAGGCGAGGAGAAAAUUCGGCGACAUUUAUACUUGGACAUUUCCCUCUUAUGGUAAGCUGAAGAUAAAUUAAGAAGCCCCACCUAAAGUCAAGUGUAAAAUAUUUCUUAAAAAAGCUCUACUACCCUAGUUAACUAUUUGAUUGAAAAUGAAGAAAACUAGCGGCAGUCGCCAACUGGUGCUGCCUCUGAUCCUGACGCUACUGAUGGUCCUCAUUCUCCUCCAACCGAUUGCCGUCCAAGCCAAGUCAAAGAAGAACAAAUCCAAUCAGAAUUCCCAUCACAGUGACUCCUCUUCGAGUUCCUCUUCAUCAGCCGGAUCCUCCACCAACGAGGAGAACAACAAGCCCAAGAGCGGUGACAAUGGUGGCCAGCACUUUGCCAUGGAGCCACAGGAUCAAACGGCAGUGGUGGGUUCAAGGGUCACCCUGCCCUGCCGGGUGAUGGAGAAAGUUGGCGCCCUGCAAUGGACCAAAGAUGACUUUGGCCUGGGCCAGCACCGGAACCUAAGUGGUUUCGAAAGGUACUCGAUGGUGGGCAGCGAUGAGGAGGGUGACUUCUCCCUAGACAUUUACCCGCUGAUGCUGGACGAUGAUGCCAAGUACCAGUGUCAAGUGGGUCCUGGCCCGCAGGGUGAACAGGGCAUACGUUCCAGAUUUGCCAAGCUAACGGUACUGGUUCCCCCGGAGGCACCAAAGAUCCUGCAAGGUGAUUAUCUGGUAACCACCGAAGAUCGCGAAAUCGAACUGGAAUGCGUUUCGGUGGGCGGUAAGCCGGCAGCGGAGAUUACCUGGAUCGAUGGCCUGGGCAAUGUCCUCACCAAGGGCAUUGAGUAUGUCAAGGAGCCGCUGGCUGAUUCGCGGAGAAUAACAGCCAAGUCGAUUUUGAAGCUGGCGCCCAAGAAGGAACAUCACAAUACCACGUUCACGUGUCAGGCGCAAAAUACAGCCGAUCGGACAUAUAGAUCGGCGAAACUCCUCCUGGAGGUGAAGUAUGCACCCAAGGUCACGGUCUCAGUGGUGGGUGGUGCCUUGGCGGGUGGCAAAAUACCCGAAGGAGCCGAGGUUAUACUUAGCUGCCAGGCCGAUGCAAAUCCCCAUGAACUUAGCUAUCGAUGGUUUAUCAACGAUGAGCUAAUGACGGGUGAUUUUACCACCAAAAUGAUUAUACACAAUGUAACGAGGCAAUAUCACGAGGCCAAUGUCAAGUGUGAAGUGCUCAAUGCGGUGGGCAAAAGCGAGGAGAGCGAGACUUUGGACAUAAGCUUUGGUCCUGUUUUCCGUCAGCGUCCUGUGAGCGUGGAAGCCGAUUUGGGCGCCACGGUGAGCAUGCGCUGCGAGGUGGCUGGCAAUCCCAAGCCCGAGAUUGAAUGGAUCAAUGAGAACUCGGAUCAGAUCGUGGGUCGCAGUGCCGAGCUAAAGCUCAAGGUAACCAGCGAAAAUGCUGGUCGUUACUUUUGCAAGGCUGUGGUCAAUGGCUUUCCCGAAAUCGGUGCCGAGGCCACAAUCUAUGUCAAGCGAGCGCCCAUCAUCACCUCCCACAAGGUUCAGUUUGGCGGUGUUGGUGGACGCGUCAAGAUCGAUUGCCUAGCCUUUAGUAUACCCAAAGCCGAGCAUAUCUUGUGGUCCUUUGAGGGCAAAGUCAUAAAUAUGAGCAGUGCCGAUCCCGAUAUAUAUAUUUUCGAGGAACAUCAUUUGCCCGAGGGCGUCCGGGCAGCCCUUAUAAUCCGGGAUAGCAAGGCCUCGCAUUUUGGACGCUACAAUUGCACGGUAAUGAAUUCGUAUGGUGGCGACUCUCUGGUUAUCACUUUGGUCCGUGAGGCAGGCAGCAUUCCAGUACUCCUGGUUGUCAUGGGCUCCAUGUUUUCGGUGGCCAUUAUCCUGAUGAUUGUGAUGAUUAUCAUUGUGUAUCGGAAGCGACGCAGUCGUAAGAAGCCCAUGCCAGCGGAUGUGAUACCAGAGGCAUCGCGAGGCGGCGAUAAGCUAAACGAACUGAAAAGUGAGCUGCGCUCGAAGGCCUAUGAUGUGGAAUACUCCGAGGCCGGUGGCGAUGGUUUGGCCAUUAAUCUAAAUCAAUCCCCCAUGCCCGAUGUCCAGAUGAAGGGCGCCACCUUGGGUGUGCCAUUGGCAGGACCCGUUAAGUUCGAUGAGCGUUUCUCUGGGGACUUUAACGGCGGCGGCGGCGGCGGCGGCGGUGGCGGCGAUCGCUAUAACCGGCAGUGUCACAUCAAGAAUCUGAAGAACCAGCAGGAGACUGCCUACAAGGAGAGUCCCCAAGCCAAUGGUUAUGCCCAUUAUUUUGAAUAUGCUCUGGACUAUAGUCCGCCUGGAGAGGGUGGUGGUGGAUCGCUGUUGGUGGGUGGCAAGGCCAAGAAUGGUGGCAUGAACUCGGCCACCUUGCCACACUCGGCGGGAGCCUCCGCCGGCGGUGCUGCUGGAAAUGCCGCUGGUGGAACUAAUGGAGGCGGUGCCAGUCUGCCACGUAAUCAGCGACAUGAAUUGCAGCAAAACCAGCAGGCCAAUGGAUUUUUGGGUCAACCCCUGCUACAGAAUGGCAUUGACAGCCGCUUCAGCGCCAUUUAUGGCAAUCCCUAUCUAAGGACAAACUCCUCGCUGCUGCCCCCGCUCCCGCCGCCGAGCACUGCCAAUCCGGCGGCCACACCUGCCCCGCCACCUUACCAUGCCGCACGGCAUGGCCACCAUGCCCAUCAUGGGAGCGGCGGUUUGAGGCACUUUAGCGGCGGAGCAGUGAUCACCACGAGUCCUGUUGGGAAUCUCAGUGGAAAUAGUGGCUCCACGCCCAGUGGCGUGGGCAUUAUGCCCGGUGGUGGCGGAGCGGGGGGCAGUGUCAGUGGCAGUAGUUCGAAUUUAACCGCCAGCAGCAACACCUUGGCGGCCACGCCCCAAGCGGCAGUAGGAGGCGGCGGCGUCAGCGGAGGAGGAGGAGGAGGAGGUAGUGGCGCCCAGUGUGCCCAGAGUCCAUCGGGCCAAUUUAUAUUGCCCAACAAUGGCAAGGGGCAUACGCAGAAAGGACCUCUGGCCACGCAUGUCUAAGCGAGAGAGGUUUAUCGAAAUGUAUCGAAAAAUAUCGAGAAAUAUCGAAAUACCGAAGGAUACGCAUAUACACCGUAUAAAUAUUAGAGCAGAGCCAUUAGUAAUCCCUAAAAUGUAUGCUAAUUUCGUAAAUCGAAAGAACUUCUAGUGUGUAAUCGUAUUUUUUUUGUCUCACUUAGGAAAAUAGUAUAUUUAAACGAAGAAAAAAACUCUUGUUUUUGCUUGCACUGGGAAAUAUUCUCUCUGUUUACAUUUUAAGAUACAAUAGGCCAAAAUACAAGAGUAAAAAGCUAUGUCGUCGUCGAUUAAGGUAUUCACAAUCAAUGUUCCAAAAAAAUAGCAAAAAAUAUUCCAAGCAAAAAGGUUAAUUCAUUAAAAAUAAACAAAAAAAUGAACUUUUGGUUAU